UAGGCUGCUCGUUUUCUAGUCUAGACUUAACUUGUUUGUGGCGCUGAAAUCAAGUUUUGUUUUUAAACGUCCCGUAACCACUACGUUCAGAUAUACAGGUAAUUUCUCCAGGAUAUAUUUCGCAGCCGUAGGUGUCCCCUCAUAUCAAAUCUCAGACUGCCGCGGUGCACGCCGGGUCCAUAUGACACCUGCUCUCGAACUACAGAGUGAAAGGCGCUCGCAGUAGUGAACGGCGGUGGAAUUACUAGGUAUUUUCAGAAGAACCGAUGCGGUUUUCUUUGCGUAAUUGAUUUGUUGCAUUUUUAGCAGCUGAGCUACAGGCGCUUAUGCCAUGAAAGCGUUACCUAACGACCGAACCUGUGAAGUUUACAGCGUUUCGAAUUUUCGCCUCUGCCCCCGUGACAGUCUACCUACACAGACUGAAAUUAUAGAGCCAUCCCAGUCCUUGGCUGGAGGGAAAGAAGUGGGGAAGAAGCUGUGUGCCCCCUCCUUCAAUGGGAGGAAAUGGGCGGUUUCAGUUCUACUACUCGCAGUAGCCAUCACGUUGAUACUAUUUUUGUUUGCAUCUCCACCCUAUGCAGUGUUCUACCUGGGAGGAAGUGUGGAGUUCAGGAACCAAAGCUUCUCUCCAGAGCUGACUGACCCCACCUCCCCACAGUUUCAGCUGCAGGUUGAGGCCCUCAGCCCUUAUUUCUCACGGCUAUACGAGUCCUCUCCGUGGCACUCCCACCAUCUCCACUCAAGGAUUAUUGCAUUCAGUGAAGGAGUGGACGGGCUACGGGUGUUUUACUGGAGUAAAUUCUUAGCUCCCACUGGUGUGGGUCUGGAGGUACACAACACUGGCGCUAACCAUCUGCAGAGGGUGCUGGGCGCUACCAACAAGCUGCUUUUCAGCAGGAAUGAGCUAUACUCUCUGGAGAAGAACAAUGAUACACUGCCAGUGCUGAUGGGGCUGGACUCAGAGGAUGAUAACUCUGAUGAAAAAAUGGAUAAAAUAAAAAACCCUACUUCUCUCCAGAGCAUCAAGUGGCAGCUGGGUUUCCAAGCAAUGUCUUUUGAUCUUUAUGCCAAAUAUGGGAACAAUCGCACCCUGAGCUUGGUGAGUCCGAAGAAGCCAUACUACCAGUGGCGCCUGCGAGUCCCAGCAGGUCAUGUGGUCCGGCUGGUGGUCCUCACUCUGCAUGGUGCCACCCCCGGAAGUUGCUCCGCCCACAAACUGUCCGCGUACGACUUCCUCCUGCCCCUGCAGAACAAGAUCAUUGCUAGGUGGUGUGGCCUGCCUGUUUCUGGACCCUCUCCUGUGAUGAAGCUUAUCUCAUCAGGAAAUGUCAUGCUGGUGACUUUCUCCUUCAACAGACAGAGGGAUGGAGCCAUGUUUAAAGCUUACUUCCAGGCUGUACCCAAAACAGGAUGUGGCGGAUCGCUUUUGGCCUGGAAUGGUACAGUGACAUCACCAUACUACCCCAGCCACUACCCCCCCAACGUGGACUGCAGCUGGACCAUAAGGACUCCAUUGCCAGGCUACUUGCUCUCUCUGACUAUCGUGAUGCUGGACAUUCAGGAUUCGCCCUCCUCUGAUAGCUGUGAAAAAGACUGGUUGGAUAUCAAUGGGAUACGGUUGUGCAACCCAAUCAUAGACAACAUCAGGAAGAGGAUCUACUCAUCCCCUGUUGUUCUGCACUUCCACUCGGAUGAAUCCCUCACUCACAAGGGCUUUUACAUCCUGUUCCGUGCUUUCACUCAGGAGAGCUCUUGUCCAAGGCAGUUUCGCUGUGGAGAUGGCCGUUGUAUUCCUCUGCGGAAGGUCUGUGAUGGAGUGAAGGACUGCUCUGAUGGCCGGGACGAGGCAAAGUGCCCUUGCAGGCCUGGAGAGGUUCAUUGUGGGAAUGGUCAGUGCAGGCCACGUGCUAGCCAGUGCAAUGUACAAAGCAGUGUACAAAGCAGCUGUGAAGACAGCAGUGAGGAGUCCAAAUGUGUAGGUAGAUGCUACCUCAUGUGUCCCAACAAGGUUUGUGUACCCAAGUCCUCAGUGUGUGAUGGCAUCAUUGACUGCAAAGACCGGAGUGACGAGAUUAACUGCACUAGACCCUGGCACAAAGGUUGCUCCCCAUCCUCCUACAAGUGUGCCAGUGGGAAGUGUGUGAAUAAAGUUAACCCAGAAUGUGACGGUGUGAAGGACUGUGGCGAUGGCUCUGAUGAAAUGCGCUGUGGCUGUGGCACCAGACCCAAAAGAAAGAGCAAGAUUGUGGGCGGGAGCGACGCGCAGAUGGGGGCGUGGCCAUGGCAGGUCAGCCUGCAGAUGGAGCGGUAUGGACACGUGUGCGGCGCCUCUCUGGUCUCCAGCCGCUGGCUUCUGUCUGCAGCACAUUGCUUCCAGGACUCUGAUGCUAUCAAGUACUCUGAUGCGCGGUCCUGGAAGGCAUAUCUGGGGAUGCGUGUUAUGAACACAGUCAGUAAUGCAGUGGCCACCCGGCUGAUCCGACGCGUGGUCCUGCACCCACAAUAUGACCAGUUCACAUCUGACUAUGACAUUGCCCUGUUGGAGCUCAGUGCCCCCAUCUUCCUCAGCGACUGGGUUCAGCCUGUGUGUGUUCCUGCACCCUCACACACCUUCGGCUCUGGCAGCAACUGCUUCGUCACUGGCUGGGGCGUACUUAUGGAGGACGGUGAGCUGGCCAGCCUGUUGCAGGAGGCCACUGUCAAGAUUAUCGGCCACAGCACCUGCAAUAAGUUAUAUGAUGAUGCUGUUACUCCCAGAAUGCUCUGUGCUGGAAAUCUGCAGGGAGGUGUGGACGCCUGCCAGGGUGACUCAGGCGGACCUCUGGUAUGCCAAGAGAAAGGCCGACGCUGGUUCCUGGCUGGGAUCGUGAGCUGGGGGGAGGGUUGUGCCAGGCAGAACCGGCCAGGAGUCUACACACAGGUCACCAAGUUCUCAGAGUGGAUCCACCAGCAGACCAAAGGGCAGGUCUGAGGAGCACUGACUCUAAGCAUGGAGUGUACCCCCACUUGCACACAAUCAGUGGCACCCCUAAAUGAGGGGUAGGGCACUGAAAUCUAGUGAGAGGUUGCCCCGCCUAUCAUUUUGGACUUUGUAUUAGCCUAACUUUAAUACUUGUAUGUCAAAACCAUUCAUCUGCAAUUCAUCACUAGAGGAGGAACUGUGGAGCAGUAUGAGAGUUGAUUGAGGAGUUGAGGAUCAUGUUGAUAAGGGGCUAUAUAUGUAUAAUAUCACACAUGUAUUAUGUAUUAAUAUGGCAUGGGAGGUAAGGAGCUAGGCUUGUAACCACAAGGUUGCAGGUUUCAAUCCCCAUCGGGAUGAUUUAUUGGAACUAUUGAGCUGGUCAUUAACUUGAAUGUCUUCAGUGAAAUAUCCAGCUGUACUGUAUUUAUGAGGAAUACAAAAAAAUGUCAUCAGUCUUCAGUGAAGGUACUGUACUAUGUUUAAAGUGAAUAAUGUAGAACUAGAUUUACUAUAAAGAGUCUACAGUCAAAUCAAAUGCUUUCCAAUGCAAGAGUAUUUACUUAUCUGUUUGGGCCUCUGUACUGCUGUGAAGACCGAACGUUUUAUUGUCAUGGGAAGUUUGUAGAUGCACAAAUCUACUAGUCUUAAAAGCUCAUUCUUCUUCUUUGGCUACAUCCCAAAUCACUCCCUAUUCCCUAUAUAGUUCACUACUUUUGGUAUCAGCCAUUUUGUAGUAUGUCCCAUCUGAGAAACAAAAUAGUAGCACACUAUAUAGUGAACUACAUCCGCCCCACAAUGCACUACAAAAUAUAGUGUACAAGCUCUGUACACUGUCCGGAAGCACAAAAUCCCACAAUACACUGUGGUAGAGCUUUACGUUUUUUUUUUUUUUUUUUCAACAAGAUGGUGGCUGAAACAAGUGAACCGAGUGGUAGCUACUUAUAAUAUAAAUGUAAGUUGUCCAUAGUUAUGUCAAAUUAUGAAUUAUAUUUGUAUGGUCGAUACAAAAAAGUCACCAAUUUCCGUUAGUGUGCCAAGUGUGACAUUAACAGUUUUUCUCUGGAGAAGCUGGUUGCUAGCUAAGAAGCUAGCUAAUCUCGGUAGCUGUGCAACUCAAGCAAAAUGUCAUCCUUGGUCCCUGAUAAAAUAUUUUUUGAGCGAUAUAUUGCUAUACAUUUGGUCGAUGCCAAGAUUAAUAAAUAUUUAACCACAAAUUUCAUAUAUACACGUACAGAUAACGUUCAGAAAUUUUUUAAAUUACAUUAACCUAAUGUUUGACAACUUACAGGAUGAUGAAGACGAUGCAAUGUUAUCAUACAUCCCAAAAAAAAACCUUGUUCGAGCUGCAGCUCAUCUUCUGGCAUUUUGUAACAACACUACGGCAGUGUUAUGGUACAUUUGGGAUUUACUACCAUUAGCUAAGUAUUCUGAGGUAAACUACCAUUAACUUCAAAUUGUCUAGUUUCCAUUGGAUAUCUAGCUAGUGAAAAGGAGAUAUUCUUGCCUCUUGGUCUUGAUCGGGCUUGGGGCAUUACAUGGUAGGAAAUCUGUUAAAUUGCUUUUAAAUGGCAUCAGGUGAUAAAGCAAUGAAUAGGCUAUUUCAUAUGGACAUCUUCCUAGAAGGGAAACCACUUAAUGUAUUCUACCAUUUGUCUUUUCAUAAGCAGCUUUCAUUGGUUUUCCAACUACAACUAGUGUUUUCUGAAUUUAAGAAAUGAAAACGGUAGGAUAUAGUUCAUCAUGGACAUGGGAGUCCAAGCACACAAGCAAGAGGACUGAGUGGGACAAAUAGCAGUUCUGCCACUACAGGGAACAGAAAGGGGGAAAAUAGAAUAUAAUAUAAAAUAUAUAUUUUAUAAUAUAUAAAAUAUAGAAUAGAAAUAUUUUAUUCACGUCCACGUCUGCCGAAAACAGAAUAUAAGAAUUACCCGAACACUACCAAAGUUUUAUAACAAGUUUAUGAAUGAUUUCUUUGUCGCUGCAUCAAUAAUGACCACACCUUCCGUUAUUGUGCGACGGAUAUUCAAAAGAUAGUAGUGGCGGAGGGUGAUGAGAACGGUGUCCCAAAGCGAACCUUUUGUUCAGCUGCUCACUCCCUAUGUAGUGUGCUACAUAUUUUCCACUAUAUAGGGAAUAGUGAAUGAGUGAACAUAUGAGUCAUUUGGGAUGCAGCCUUCUUCUUUUUCUUCUUCUUUGACAAAAGAACAAUCUUAGCCAGCAGGGUUCCUCAGCAGUACUAUACUGUAGUUUGGAUUUGAGGGCCAAUUACCUGCAUGUUCCCUUAGCAGCAUUUGGCUUCUCAGUGCAGCAUUUGGCUUCUCAGUGCUGCCCUCCAGUGAACACUCCUCCACUCUGCUCCUCAGUACCUUCUCUCCUGUACCUUCAGGGUUACCCGUCUUCCCCUACACCAGACCACUCAACACAGUGCCUACUCUGACAUCACACCUUAGUUCAGUAAUUAUGCCUAUACAUUUGAUAUGUUCAUAUAUUGUUAUUUUUUAAUACUUUUGUAAGUUCAUAAAGCAAAUGGAAAAAUUAGGUAGGGUGCUGUUACAGUGAAUAUUAAAAAGAAAAUUA